AUGAACUGCUGUGGGAAGCAAAGCUAUUCUCCCCUAAGUUUUAGGAAAAAGCCUUGGGUUGCUGCUCGGUCAGGGGCAGGGUGGGCUAGUGCAAGGAUGGGAAGUGUGGAGAACGAGGGGUCUCUGUGCUCAUCAGCUGUGGACUGCUUCCUGUGCUUCAGGACACAACCUGUGGCUGUAGAAGUGCUCCCAGAACUCAUCAAGCACGGCCGUGAGAGGAUAGAGCAAACCAUCAAGGCCUCUGGCUCCAGGCUCUGCUCAUAUGCUGAACGAGUUGUUCUUUUAAUGGAUCGUUCCAGGAGCCCAGACAAAAGCACCCAGCCUCCAACACCAACUGACAACAUCAACCUUGGACCCUCCGCUAACCCAAAUGCCAAGCCAACAGACUUUGACUUCCUGAAGGUUAUUGGCAAAGGAAGCUUUGGAAAAGUUCUCCUGGCCAAACGCAAGUGUGAUGGGACUUUUUAUGCAGUGAAAGUCUUGCAUAAGAAAACCAUCCUAAAGAAAAAGGAGCAAAAUCACAUCAUGGCAGAACGUAAUGUGCUCCUGAAAAAUGUCAAGCACCCCUUCCUUGUGGGACUCCAUUACUCCUUCCAGACCUCAGAGAAGCUGUACUUUGUGCUUGACUAUGUGAAUGGAGGAGAGCUCUUCUUCCACUUGCAAAGGGAACGCUGUUUUCGUGAACCCCGGGCCCGAUUCUAUGCUGCAGAAGUUGCCAGUGCCAUUGGGUACCUGCAUUCCCUAAACAUCAUUUACAGGGACUUAAAACCUGAGAACAUUCUCCUGGAUUGCCAGGGGCACAUAGUAUUGACUGACUUUGGACUCUGCAAAGAAGGAAUGGAGCAAGAAGAGACAACGUCUACUUUUUGUGGCACUCCUGAGUACUUGGCUCCUGAGGUGCUAAAGAAGCAGCCAUAUGACAGGACAGUAGACUGGUGGUGCCUAGGAGCAGUCCUGUAUGAGAUGCUGUUUGGGCUGCCUCCUUUUUACAGCCGGGAUGUGUCUCAGAUGUAUGACAACAUUCUGCACAAGCCACUCCAGAUCCAAGGAACCAAGACAGUGGCAGCUUGUGACAUCCUCCAAGGGCUUCUCCACAAGGACCAGAAGAGGAGGCUGGGUGCCAAGACAGACUUUCUUGAGAUAAAGAGCCAUGUAUUCUUCAGCCCAAUAAACUGGGAUGACUUAUAUCACAAGAGGAUUACUCCUCCGUUUAACCCCAAUGUGGCUGGUCCAGCUGAUCUGCGGCACUUUGACCCAGAGUUCACACAAGAAGCAAUCUCUGCCUCCAUCACCCGCACACCUGACCUAGCAGCCAGCAGCUCCAGUGCCUCAGAUGCAUUUUUAGGAUUCUCUUAUGCACCAGCUGAAGAAGGCAUCUAG